AUGUCUAUUGCUGCGACGGAGGAUGUACCGAUCUGUUUAAUGACCCCGCUCACUGUGCAUCUUGCGAAGCUCCUCCGUGUGUUGGAUCUAUUCCAGGAUGCUGCGCUGGAAGAUGUCGCGACCUUGGCCUCGAUGCUGCGAAUUGUGGAACUUGUAACAACACAUGUCCUGCAGCGCAACCCAGCUGCUGUUCCGGAAAUUGCACAAAUAUCAACACUAGCGUCCAGAACUGUGGAGAUUGCAGCAAUGCCUGUACAGGCGUACAACCAGCCUGUUGUGCUGGACCUUGCAGAGAUUUGUCCAGCAACAAUUUGA